CUUCUCCUCCCGGGAGCGUUUUCCUCGCGCUGAUUCUCACGCACAGCGGUUUGACUGUGAGCGCAUCCGCACUGAGUUAUGCAGCACGAGCUUUCACAAUAAACACUAAUCAAGCUGAAUGCAACAAUGUGGACUUUACAGUGUGCAUUGAUUUGGGCUUUGGGUUUAGCUGUCCCGGCACAGCUUCUUCCUGAAGCUAACAAUAUGUGUUCAGAGGGAAGCUGUUACCCUGCCACAGGUGACCUGUUGAUCGGCAGAGCUCAUCGUCUUACAGCCUCGUCCACCUGUGGACUCCACUCUCCCGAACCCUUCUGCAUCGUCAGCAACCUAGGGGCUGAGAAGUGUUUUGAGUGUGACUCUCGGGGACUCUACAACAAGGUCACACACCCCAAUAGCCACACCAUCGACAACGUGGUCACAACCUUUACUCCCAACCGUCUCGUAACAUGGUGGCAGUCUGAAAAUGGAGUAGAAACUGUGACCAUUCAACUGGAUUUAGAAGCUGAGUUCCACUUCACACAUAUCAUCAUGACCUUUAAGACGUUUCGUCCUGCGGCGAUGGUGAUUGAGCGUUCAUCAGAUUAUGGGCAGAGCUGGCAGGUGUACCGUUACUUUGCUUUCAACUGCUCCGCUUCUUUUCCAGACAUCUCCCAGGGUCCAGUCAAGAGUGUUGAUGAUGUCAUCUGUGACUCCCGGUACUCUACCAUUGAGCCUUCAACAGAGGGAGAGGUGAUUUUCCGAGCGCUUGAUCCUGUGUUUAAGAUCCCUGAUCCCUACAGCCAGCGAAUCCAGAACCUCUUGAAAAUAACUAACCUGCGAGUGCGGAUGAUGAAGUUGCACACCCUCGGCGAUGACCUGCUGGAUGGUCAAGAUGAAGUGAAGCAGAAGUACUACUAUGCUCUCUAUGAUAUGGUUGUCCGUGGCAACUGCUUCUGUUACGGCCACGCCUCCGAGUGUGCGCCGGCAGACGAUAGUGAGACGGGGCCUGAAGGCAUGGUCUAUGGUCAUUGUGUGUGUAAUCAUCACACUGCUGGCUUAAACUGUGAGAAGUGUCAAGACUUUUAUCAAGACACACCGUGGAGACCUGCAGAGGGCCGAAACACCAACGCGUGCAAGAGAUGUGAGUGUAACCAGCACUCAUAUGCGUGCCACUUCGACAUGGCGAUGUACGUGUCGUCGGGGAACGUGAGCGGAGGAGUGUGUGAUGAUUGUCAACACAACACACAGGGGCAGCACUGUGAGGGUUGCAAGCCCUUCUACUACCAGCAUCCUAACAGGGACAUAAGAGAUCCUCGCAGCUGUGAACCGUGCGACUGUGACUUACGGGGCUCACUGAACGGCGGUGUGUGUGACAGCGUGACAGACGUAAUGAGGGGACUUAUCGCUGGUCAGUGUCGCUGUAAGCAGAAUGUGGAGGGAGAACGCUGUGAUCACUGCAAACAAGGACACUAUGGACUUGGCCAAGACCUGCUAGGCUGCCUCUCAUGCAGCUGUAAUCCUCUGGGCACACUUCCUGGAGGAAGUCCCUGUGACACGGCUACAGGAAUGUGUUAUUGCAAACGCCUUGUCACCGGGCGAAACUGUGACCAGUGUCAGCCUCAGCACUGGGGCCUGAGCACAGAUAAGGAUGGUUGUCGGCCAUGUGACUGCGAUGUUGGAGGAGCUCUGAACAACGAUUGUUCUCCACAGACAGGGCAGUGUGUGUGUAGAGAGCACAUAUCUGGCAGACGUUGUGACAGCAUGAAGCCUGGUUAUUAUUUCGCUGCCCUUGACCACUACACUUACGAGGCAGAGGAAGCUGCAUUCGAUCCGGCUGUAACGGUGGUGGCGAGGCCUCUGCCUGCAGAUCGGCCCCCGACCUGGACUGGUAUUGGAUUCGCCAGCGUACCUGAAAGAGAAACAUUGGCAUUUACCAUUGACAACAUCCCACAGUCUAUGGAAUAUGACUUGUUGAUCCGCUAUGAACCUCAGUUGCCAGAUGUGUGGGAGGAGGUGAGGAUAGAUGUAAUACGUACUGAUCAACCUUCCCCAUCUGCACACUGUUCAGCUCCUUACGCUGACCAACAGACCACAUCACUUCCUCCAAGCUCCAGGUAUGUGGUACUGCCCAGGCCACUGUGUUUGGAAAAGGGCCAGAAAUACACAGUGAAAAUGAUCCUAGCGCUUUUUUCCUCAAACGAUCUCCAUGACCAGCCGCACAUACUGAUCGACUCUAUUGUGCUGUUGCCUGUGGUGCGAGAUCUGGACCUGGACCUGUUCUCAGGAGCAGCUGACAGGGAGGCAGCGUGGGAAAUGUUUCAGAAAUACCGCUGUCUCGAGAACAGCAAGAGUGUCCAGAAAAUUCCCAUGACCGACAUCUGCAGAGAAUACAUCUUCAGCGCAUCAGCCCUGCUGCACCAGGGAGCUAUGGAAUGUAAGUGUGACCCACUGGGCUCUCUCAGUAUGAUUUGUGAUGUUAAUGGUGGACAGUGCCCGUGCCGGCCAAAUGUGGUGGGCAGGACGUGCGACAGCUGCGCCCCAGGCACCCUCCAGCUCGGACCCUCCGGCUGCAGGCCAUGUGAGUGUGACCCGUUGGGCUCAAAGAACACUUUCUGCAAUUCGACCACAGGCCAGUGCUCGUGUUUACCUGGCGUUUACGGUCGUCAGUGUGCCCACUGUCUACACGGACACUGGGGCUUCCCACAGUGUCAACCCUGCUUCUGUAAUGGGCACGGGGAGCGCUGUGACCUUCACACAGGCCGGUGCUUGGAGUGCAGAGACCACACCACAGGAGACCAGUGUGAGAGGUGCGAUAGAGGUUACCAUGGCAAUGCGUUACUAGGCAGCAGCGACCGCUGUCGGCCCUGUAUGUGUCCAGAUGGCCCAGGGAGCGGAAGACAGUUUGCAGACACCUGCUACCAAAACCCCAACUCGCUCCAGCUCGUCUGUGUGUGUAGCCAAGGAUACAAAGGACCAAGAUGUGAGGAAUGUGCACCUGGUUACUAUGGCAACCCGAAGGUGUCAGGUGGACGGUGCCACCCAUGCCGGUGUAACGGCAACAUUGACAUGCAAGACCCGAUGUCCUGCGAUGCCAGCACUGGCACCUGUCUCAGAUGCCUGCACAACACUGAUGGCCAGGCGUGUCAGCACUGUCGCCAUGGCUACUACGGGGAUGCUAGCACUCAGAACUGCCAGAAGUGUAUGUGCCAGCUUUUGGGCACUGACAGCCACAAGUGUGUAAACGGUGAGUGUGAGUGUGACCAAGUGAGUGGGCAGUGCCCAUGUCUACCCAGUGUAGAGGGUCUGCACUGUGACCGCUGUGCCCCAAACACCUGGAAUUUCCAUAGUGGAAAAGGCUGCCAGCUAUGCCAGUGUCAUCCCACACACGCUUACAGCCUGUCCUGCGACAGGAUGUCCGGUCAGUGCUCCUGUAUGCCAGGUUUUGGUGGCAGGACCUGUGAGGAGUGUAGAGCUCUGUUCUGGGGUGAUCCAGAAGUCAGGUGUCAUGCAUGUGAUUGUGAUCCACGAGGCACCUCUACACCACAGUGUAACAAGUCAACAGGAGCAUGCGUGUGUGUGGAGGGCGCAGCCGGUCAGCGGUGUGACUCAUGUGGGCGGGGUUAUGUGGGAACCUUCCCAGAUUGCCAGCCGUGUCAUCAGUGCUUCCGUGAAUGGGAAGUCACUGUGGGCGAGCUGACCAAUCAGACGCAGCAGUUGGUGGACACAGUGGAAAACCUGAAAGUGACCGGUGUGACCGCAGCCUAUCGGGACACGAUAGACAGUCUGGAAGACGGAGCCAAGCAGCUCACUCAGAUACUAGAGGAUGACAAGGCUCAGCAAACUCUUAGAUACUCUCAAGAGUUUCUGCAGAAAGCCAAGAGUCUCACAUCUGAUCUGGACCGCUCUCUGAACCGCUCGGAGGUGGACGUACAGCAGGUCUCCGAGGAACACGGCAGUGUUGCGGAGGAGCUCAAAUCGCUUAGUCUGGAGACUCAGAAACAGCAAGAACGCUUUAAUAGCACACAGCAACAGGUGCUGCACAUCAAACACUCCGACCCAGUGGGUGCAGUAGACAGCGUUAAGGAAUAUUACCAGCAGUCAGUGGAGGCAGAGAGCCGAGUCAAUCAGGCCACCACAGACACACACAGCCCAAUGAAGCAAUCAGCUGGUCUACGGCAAGCCACAGAGGCCAAACUGGACACCGUGAAGGGAGAGUUUGACCUCAAACAACGGCUGGACUCUGAGAUACUGAACACACUGAACCAGGAGCUGGAGCAAGAUGACCUUCCACAACUCAGCCAGCAGGUGUGUGGUGGAGAGUGGAACCGAGACGGCUGUGGAGAAUGUGGAGGUUUGGGGUGUGUGGGUGAGGACGGAGAGCCUCAGUGCGGAGGACAGGACUGUAAAGGUGUGAUUACUCAAACUAACAACGCAUGGAAAAAAGCUAAAGACCUGGACAAGGACAUCAUGGACUCACUAAAAGAAGUGGAAAAGCUCCAAAGAAUAGUGUCCGCUGCUCAAGGACGUGCAGCUGAGAGUAAAAUCAGUGCACAGGACAUCCUGUCGAAGGCCAAUCAGAGCAAAGCAAGAGUUGAGCAGACCAAUCAGGAGCUACGAGAGCUCAUUCAGCAAAUACGAGACUUUCUUACAAGUGGAGCAGAUCUGGAGCGUAUUGAAGCACUAUCUGAUGAAGUUCUGAAGCUGAAGAUGCCGGUGGUUGCCGGCGAGCUGAAGAAUGUGACCACAGAGAUCCGGCAGCACGUGGACAGUCUGACCGGUGUGGACGACGUCCUGGUUCAAAGUGCUGGACAGGCACAAACAGCUGAGAGACUGCUGCAACAGGCACGCGUUAUCAGUGAGGAAGCUACACAACUGAAGGGGGAAGUAGACAAGGUGAAGACGAUGCUAAAUGAAUCCAAGCACGCUCAAUCUGCAGCAGAUGAGAGCUUGAAAGCAGUCAACAGUGACAUUGACUACACACAACAACAAAUAGCUAUGGUGGACUCCGAGAUGGGGAUGUCCGAGUUAAUGCUGAGUAACGCCACUCGGCGGUUGCUGGAUCUUAAGAGGAACGAGGGUGCGUUGCGACAGAAAACUCGGGAGACCUCCAACAGUGCAGAACUUGCUCAGAACAAGGCCGACUACACCUCUGAGGACACGGAACAAACCGAACGGACACUGAUUUUAGAGGUGCAGCCUAAAUACCAGUCGGCUCUGGGCCUGAUGGAGGAGAAAGCAGUUGGUGUAUCUGAUGCACGCCAAAGAGCAGAACAACUCCAGCAGGAGGCAAAGAACUUAGUGACUGAGGCCAUCAGCAAAUUACAGAAUCUAAACGAGCUGGAGAAGACUUUCGCGGUGAAUCAGAGGACUCUGGCAGAGAGAGCGCAGGAGGUGGAGGCGCUGGAGAAGGAAGCGCAGACCGUGCUCCAGGAGCUCAGCCAGAGAGUCACAGUAUACAGCACCUGUCAAUAAAUAAAUACAUAAUAAAUAAAUAAACAUCCCCAAAGAGAUGCAUUUAUAAACACCACAUUAUAGAUACUUUCUAACACUGAAUUACUUUAACCACGCCCCCACCUCCAUUUUUUUUUUUUUUUUUUUUAAAAUUAUCUAAUAAAAAAAAAUCAGCAGUAUUUUUUUUUUUGACACACACACACACACACACACACACACACACUUAAGUAUCUCUCAAAUCCUGGUCCUGGAGUCCCACUGCACUGCACAUGAACUGAAAUGAGCAAAAUGUAUUCAUAUGAGGUGGAGAACUAACUGACAUUAAUAAUUGAUAAUAAUAAUAAAUAAUUACUAAUAAAAACGGAUUUUUGGUCAAAAUGGUUACACUUGAAGGUUGAGCUUAACCCAAAUGCAGUUAUUCUCUUUCAGUUCGAAGAGGAUUUGUUUCCAACGUUGGCGUUCGGCAACUUAAAACACGAGCCCUGCGUCGAUUUCUGUCAUUUUUCAUGCAAUAUUCACACCAUCAAACAGCCAGACACACGAGACGUCCACGUGGAAGCAACACAUCUGAAAUCUUAAUAAAAGUCAUUUGUUCAUUAAAAAGGUGCGUCGAUGAACGUUUACGCAGGCACUUCCGUUACUUCCGACCUCCCGAGGCUAAAAUCAACCAGCGUCAUGCAUAGAUAAGAACACACUCGCCGUCCGCUUUAAUAGGAACACGUGUACACCUGCGGUUCUCCAAAUCAUUCGCUCAUGUAGCAGCAGCACAAGGCUUAAAGUCAUGCAGAUACAGGUCAAGAGCUUCAGUCAGUGUUCACAGAAAACAUCAGAAUGGGGGGGAAAGUGCGCUCUCUGUGACUUUAACUGUGGCAUGGUUGAUUGAGUACCCCCCCCCCUCCAGAACAGUCUCUAGAGUUUAUACAGAAUGAUGCGAAAUACAAAAGAAACAUCCUGUGUUCGUUUAAAAAAAAAAAAAAAAAAAAAAAAUUUUUUACAUUCAUGAAAUCAAGCGAUUACAUAAUUGGAGUUCCCUAUUCAUUUGCAAUAAAAAUUUCUUAUUUUCAUCCCUGAUAUACAAGCAUUUUGACCGGCGUCAACUGAUUUCUUCGACAGUGUGAACGCAAAGAAAGAAAUUCAAUACAAAGAGAAAUAACUAAGGCUGCAGUACAUAACCUUUGGGAAUUUCGACCCUCUCUGCUAGAAAUAUUUUAUUAUAGGAGGUCCUGUGCUCUGCCGCUUCGUCGAUUGCUGCACAUGGCAAGCCGAGAAAUAUUUAAUGCGGUGAUGAGAAAAACAUCAAACGUACAGUGUGAACUAUUUCCAAGACCAGGAUUAACUUUUUUUUUUUUUUUUUUCUUUCAAAAAUUUGAAAUUUUUUCAAAUGCACUUACAUACAAGACACACGCAAGCUACUAACCACCCACCAUUUAAUACAUUAACGUCUAUAGUCCAAAGUACACUGAACAAGUGUUUACAGUUUUAUGAACUGUAUCUACAUAUGAUAUAUUUGACAGGCAUAUAAGACCAAAGGGGUUUUUUUUUUUUUGUAUUCAGAAAAUGUCUCAAGGUAAAAUGUUUUAAAACGGUAGACUAUAAAAAAACAACAUUGUAGUAGGUUUACGCUACAGUUUCCUACCUUAUAAUCAAUUGCCACACCCACACAAACUGUCUCCUGCUUUAUGAAUGUGUGUAUAAUUACACAAUCUUAAGGGGAAGAGAGAGAGAGAAAAAAAAGAAACUUACCCCUGGAACAGGUUUUAAAGAUGGAUUGAUGAACAUUUUACUGUCCUGACCUUGGAAUUAUAAAGAUUUAUCCAUCUUUUCUUUGCAAAAAAUAUAAUAAAUAUGUUAUUUACAUGCCA